AUGGCUGAAGAACAGAAACAAGCUACCCCUCCAGUGGAUGCGAAUCCAAAUGUCCAAGCUGAAAAUGAUUUAAAGCAGGUGCUCCAGAAUCAUAAGGCCCAGGAACCAAAGGAAACGGAACUGAAGGCAGAUGUCGAUGUGGAGAUGACAGCACCAGAACCUAGCGAAAUCAACGACGCAGCAGGUACAAAUGGCAAGGCGUCGGAAGAAGGAGCUGGUGACGAUGUGGAAGCUAAAGAAGAAGCUCGAAUUAUCGCUGCCGCUGCGAAAAUGGGCCAGGACGCUGAAGCGAAGAACGAGAACAAGGACGAGCAAAAGGGCACCGGCAGAAACCACAGGCAGUCAUCGCGGGGUGGCCGUGGCGGAACUCGACAGCGGGUAAACUACCGCGAUAACAUCAAAUCGGAUGUUUCAACCUUGAAGGAAACCAGUGACCCAGACGAGAUCCGCAAACAGGUCGAAUUCUAUUUCUCAGACUCAAAUCUCGUCAUGGAUAAAUUCCUCCUCUCAAAAGUAGGCGGGAGCGAAAACAAGCCCGUUGAACUCUCCCUCCUCCACUCCUUCAAACGUAUGCGCCGUUUCCAACCCUUCAGCGCCGUCGUCGAUGCCCUCAAGGACUCCAAAACUCUAGAGCUCACAAACGACAACACCUGCGUCAAACGCAAAAUUCCCCUGCCGGAGAUAGUCAAGGAAUCCGUCGAUCCGACCGCCAUCAAGGUGUUCGAGGACAAAGCGAUGCAACGCAGCAUAUAUGCCAAGGGCUUUGGGCCGGAAGAACCAAGCACGCAAUUCGACAUAGAAGCCUUCUUCACGCCCUAUGGUCCCACGAACGCCAUCCGUCUCCGCCGCACGCCCGAGAAGAUCUUCAAGGGGAGCGUGUUUGUGGAGUUUGAUAGCGAGGAGACUCAAAAGGCGUUUCUGGCGCUUGACCCGAAGCCAAAGUGGAAGGGGACUACAGAGUUACUGAUUAAGAGCAAGAAGGAUUAUUGCGAUGAGAAAAUUAAGGAGAUUGAGGCGGGGAGGUUGAAGCCUAAUACCGGGAGGGGGAGGGGUGGGCAUCAUCGGGGACGUGGUGGUUCAUCGAAUCAACAUGAUCGUCGCAAAGAUGAUCAUAAGAAGGGCUUUAGGGGGGGGAAGGGUGGACGAGGUGGUCAAAGAGGCGGCAGAGGCGGCGGGCGGACGGAGUUGCAGAAGGAUGCUCGUGGCGUUCCCGUCAUCCAAGUCUCACCAACUGGAAAACCACCAGCAACAAACGAUGACUCGACAACCAAGACCGGUCAGAAGCGCGCGCGGGAAGAUGGCGAUGCAGCCGCUAAUGGAAGUGGGAAUAGCAACGGAAAUGGCAACGCUGUUUCCAAUGGCGCUGGUCCUGCUGCGGAGUCUGAAGCCCCUCCCGCUAAAAAGGUUGAUGUUAAAGAGUCAUGA